UUCGACUCGGUCUCCGCCCAUAGCCCGCUCGCGCUCAGUUUCCCACUCAAUAUCGUACUAGUCUUGUCGUGACAUGUUACCACUUUCUAUUUAAACAAACCAGGUCAUCUUUUAAUCAAUUUGUUUGUUUUUAAAUAUUAAAAAAAAGUUUUUGCCGAUUUGCAAUGCGUCGUGUAAAUUACGUAACCUUUAAUGACACAUCAAAUGUCCCAUAUGUUGGACCGAUAAAUCAUGAAUUCACACCUGGAGUUGAAGUGGAAAUAAAUGCAUUUAUUUAUCCGUACGCAAGGAGGUUUGCAAUAAAUUUGCAAUGCGGUCCGAACCUUUCGCCUUGCGACGACAUUGCGCUGCACUUCUCGCCUGACUUUGAUCGCAUGAUAGUUGUCCGUAACAGCGUCGUGUCGAACAAUUGGGGCCCCGAGGAAACAGUCGGCCCUUUUCCAUUUAUAAAGGGGCAGAAUUGCAGAAUAUGCUUCCGUCAUGAUAUUGACUCAUUUAAGAUCAAGGUGGAUGAAAAUGAAUUUAUUUCAUUUAUUCAUAGAAUUUCUCCAACAAGAAUAACUCAUGUUGUUAUCAAUGGAGAAAUUAACCUCAGCAGUUUUGAAGUGAGAGUUACAACUGCAGCACCUAAAUACCCAUCUUCUCCAGGCAUGCCUUCAGCCCCGUACCCCGUGGAUUGUGGCGGUAUAGGCUUUCAGACUAACCGCAGUUCUCCGAUUCCACCUUAUCCUCCUCACCAUGCACCAACCCCUCCGUAUCCGGUCGGAGGACAGCCUCCAUUCCCUACACCUGGCCAGUAUCAAAACGGGAUGAAUGCCUACCCGAUGGUUCCACCUAAUUCGUAUCCUUCCCCCGUACCUCCAGUCGUUCCCCCUUAUCAAUCAGGUCGGACAUCACCAUACCCUGUUCAACCUGGAAUGCCCCAAGGUGGUUAUCAACAAAAUCCCACUCCUUAUUAUCAACAUUCUCCUAAUUUAAGCUACCCAAGUGGUGGUGGUGCUGUUCCAUACCCUCAGCAGCCUGGUAUGCCUCCUGGGGGAGCUGUUUAUUACCCAUCCAGUCCGGGUCAUCCUAAGCAGCAGAGCUCAGGCCCUUUAGGAAAAGCAACUGGCAUUCUGGGAACAAUGGCCACUGGUGGAGUUGUGGGAGGAUUGAUGAAACAUGGUGCUAAGAAGAUCAGCAAAAAGAAAGCAUUGAAGUAUGGGCUGCCAAUCGCUGGCGUCGGUUUGGGCGCAUAUGCACUAAAUAAAACAUUUCGGCGUGGUAGCAGUAGUUCAAGCAGCUCCGGCAGUUGGAGCGAUUAAACAUUGCUAUUAUUAAUGUAUUGCUACUACUCUCUUUAAUUUCAAGCCAAAUUUAUCUGAGCUGUGAUUUGCUUGUUGUUAAUAGUUCGAAAGAAUUUUUAUGUUUAAUGUUAAUAACCAGAACAAAUAUGUACGAUGUUAAUGUAAAUGCUUUUGACCCAAUAUAACAUAUUUUAUUAUGACGGUUUCUUUUGUAAUGGCACCCACUUCUUCGUUGGCCAUUAACAUGAGCAAACAAAACUGUCAAUGA